AUGGACGUGUAUUUCGGACUGAAGAAGGACCUCCACAAAAGAAACUUCGCUUUUGUCAGAUUUGUUGGCAUCAAGGAUGCAAAAGAAAUGGAGCUGAAAGUGCAAGGCAUCAAGUGUAGAGGCAAGACUUUGGAGGUAAAUAUCUCCAAACACCAACGGAAAACCCAACAAUAUCAACACCAAGUACCACGCCGACAACCCAUGCAAAGUAAUAAUAUGCAACCCAACGUCUAUCAUAGUGCUCAACCUUACUAUACAGAGGAAAGAGGUAACAAAACUUACGCCCAAGCUGCCAGUAACUCCAACGUGGAAAAACCCCAGCAACACACCUACCCAAUCAUCCUAAACCCCAACACGUUCAUGAGAGAUUGGUUAAAGAAAGGAGUACUAAUCGGUGAAACACAUAGUCUCGAUCAUAUGGCUAAUCUACACGCACUUGGAAUCAUAAAAGAAGAAACAAAGUAUCUUGGAGGCCUUAAACUCGCCAUACACUUCCGGUGGUCAGCAGUACCUAGAAGAUAA